CUUCUUCCUCGCAUAUCAAAAAGAAGAUAGAGACAGAAAAGGACAGAAAGAGAGAGACAUAGAUAGAAAGAAAACAAAAUGGAAGAGACAAAAUCAAGAUUCAGGAGGAUCUGUGUCUUCUGCGGAAGCAGCUCCGGCAACAAAACCACCUAUCACGACGCUGCUCUCCAACUCGCUCACCAACUGGUGGAGAGAAGAAUCGAUUUGGUGUAUGGAGGAGGAAGCGUGGGGCUAAUGGGUCUCAUAUCUCAGGCUGUUCAUGAUGGUGGUCGUCAUGUUCUUGGGAUCAUUCCGAAGUCUCUAGCACUAAGAGAGAUAACCGGCGAAUCAAUUGGAGAGGUUAUAACGGUAUCGACUAUGCACCAAAGGAAGGCUGAAAUGGGUCGCCAAGCGGAUGCCUUCAUCGCACUUCCUGGUGGAUAUGGGACAUUUGAAGAGUUGCUGGAAGUUAUCACCUGGUCUCAACUUGGGAUCCACGCUAAACCGGUGGGACUAUUGAAUGUGAAUGGAUUCUACGAUUCACUACUGACGUUUAUAGAUAAGGCAGUGGACGAAGGCUUUGUCUCCUCCACCGCUCGCCGUAUCAUCGUCUCCGCCUCGACCGCUCCUCAGUUGCUCCAACUUCUUGAGGAGUAUGUACCAAAGCACGACGACUUUGUGUCCAAAAUGGUGUGGGAUGAUAUUACGGACGCUCCCACAUCCGAAGGCGACUCGUGCUUCAGAGAGAGAGAGAUUGAGAAUCCAUGUAAAGCUCUCUCUUUCCUCUCCUCCACUUUCCCUUCCCGUCACCACCUUCAUUUUCCUCCGUUUUCUCGCCUUCGCUUCCACAGCUUCCCCGCAUUUUCCUUCAAACCAAACACCUCUUCUUCAUCACUCUUCUUCCCUCCCAAAUCCCCAGAUCACCCCUCUUUCCCUUCCGCCACCGAAACCCUAGAAACCGAUAUCCACGAGAAGCUCCUUUACCUCGAUUCCCUCGGAAUCGACUUCCUCACUCUAAUCAACCGCCACCCUCCUCUCCUCUCCGCCGCUCUCUCCGCCGUUAGAUCCGUCGUCGAUUACAUGACCACCCCGCCAAUCAACUUCUCCUUGCCGGAUUUCCGCCGCCUCGUCUCCAUGUGCCCGGAGCUUCUCACUUCCCCUCUCACCUCCCACACAAUCCCCGUCAUCACUUUCCUCCUCCGCGAAGUCGGCGUCGACGGCGUAUUCGAUCUCCGCCAAGCCUUACGCCGUCGACCUCGUCUUCUCGCCUGCAGCGUCGAUUGUCAGCUCCGGCCAACGCUCUACUUUCUCCAGAGAAUCGGAAUCCUCGAUCCACACAAACACACCUACCUCCUCUCUUGCAGCGUCGAGCACAAGCUCCUCCCACGAAUCGAUUACUUCCAGAAACUGGGGUUCUCUCGGCGGAGCGCCACCACAAUGUUCCGGAGAUUCCCGCAGCUGUUCAAUUACAGCAUCACCGAAAAUUACGAGCCGAAGCUGAAUUACCUGAUGGGAGAGAUGGGGAGAGACGUGAGAGAGAUCCUCGAGUUUCCGCAGUAUUUCUCCUUCAGCUUAGAGAACCGGAUCAAACCGAGACACCAGGCUUGUGCGGCGAAAGGGGUGAGGUUCCCGUUGCCGGUGAUGUUGAAGACGAACGAAGCUGGGUUUCGGGAUACAUUGGAGGUACAUUAUGUAUUGAAUGAUUCAGAAGAACUCAAAGAAUGA